AUGCAGUCCACUCUCAUGACCAGUGGUGACUUAAUCUUUAUAAACGCGAACCAUUUCAGUGUGAGACUGUGCAGCGUUGAUUUACAGAAAAACCACAACAAGAGUGAAACGCUUGCAGUGUUGAAAGCGAAGUUUACUCGAAAAAUGGGUCAGGAAUCUUAUCGAUUGGCUACAUUGGGGAUGUGUACUAUAGCAUGUGUGCUGAGUCUAGCCACAAUUGCCUUGACCAUCGGGUCUUUGAGUUGGCAGGGUUUGAUCGUGUAUUACCCACAGUAUAAAAGCGGAGAAAAUGUAAGCUGCAUAUUCCAAGUCUCUCGUCGUGAAGGCUUCUUCCAUACUUGCUACACCAGACUUCCAGGUGACCACAAUAUCAAUCGUUUGGGUCUAAAGUGCAGACAAAAUGAUUAUGGAAAACCAUCUAACUUUGCGGGCUGGAGGGAUUCGGCAUACUACGAGCUAAUCACAUGGCGACGACUGGCGCUGACGGCCAUUAUCUUCGCUGUAUCGUUUGCAUUGGUUGGCCUCAUUUUGACUGCCUUCUUCUUAAAGAAUUGGAUGAAAAUAGAGAGCCCGGAGGAGUUUCAAACGUACCAGCGGUUGGUGGCAGCGAUAUUAUUCCUCUCUUCAGGUCUGCUGUAUCAGUUGGGGACAAUAUUCCUCCAUAUUUUUUAUCUGAGAGGAUCGGUCCUGCAAACCAAGCAUCUGCCAUUGAUUUCUACAAGCUGGGCUGAGCAUAUGCAGACAGCAACAGCGGUCAGUUACUCUCAUGCCUACCAUAUGCUCAUCGUGGCCACCUAUUUUGUGGAGAUCGCAGGUCUCUUGGUUAUCAGCACGGCGUUGUUUGCUCGCUUCCUGUUCGAUGAGCCUUCGGAGGAAACGGAGGAGGACAAUAUACGGAGCGCCUUCACAUACAAAGUGACUCUGCCACGCUACGCUACGGACGAUAUGGACUAUGAUGAAAAGACAGAGGGCUCGGAAGGUAGAUUGGUCAAGCGCCGUCCGGAUUCAAGUAACAGUGAUCAGUGAAGCUGACUGAAAUAAAUACGAAUUCCUCAGCUUUUGUGCACUAAGAAGACAGAGUUUUAAUUAUGAUGCAAGCACUCCUCAACAGUUAAUUUUGCAGUUGCAUGCUAUACUUUGUACAACCUUGCUUCAUUCUCAGACAUUUCAUAUGUGCUUAUCUGAAAAUAUAGAAAAUACAUGGUGAAAUUUCG